AAAAAAGGCAAGUUUUGCCUCAUGCUCGCAGGGCUCAGGGCUGCCGGCCAUCUGUCCGCGCCGGGACGCAGGAAGCGGAGAGCAGCGCGGCGCGGAGCGGAGCAGGACCAUCUCUGAAGGAUCUCCCCUUUUUCCUGUAGCUCAUGGGAUGCAGCACUGAGGUGAACAGGACUUCCUACUUUUAAGGCUGUGUUGACUAAGUGAAGAAGAAAAAAAAGAAAAAAACGAAGCUGCUUUCAAGCAUAGAAGAGACAAGACCAGGAUGAACACGAAGGACGCAAAAGUGACUGAAGGAGGUCUCAAUGUCACGCUCACCAUACGCCUCCUCAUGCACGGCAAGGAGGUUGGAAGCAUUAUUGGAAAGAAAGGUGAGACAGUUAAGAAGAUGAGGGAGGAGAGUGGUGCUCGAAUCAAUAUUUCAGAAGGCUCCUGUCCAGAAAGAAUUGUGACAAUAACAGGCCCAACAGAUGCCAUUUUUAAAGCUUUUUCUAUGAUUGCACUAAAAUUUGAAGAGGACAUAAAUGCUUCGAUGACAAACAGCACGGUGACCAGCAAGCCACCCGUAACACUGCGACUCGUCGUGCCAGCGAGUCAGUGCGGGUCCCUUAUAGGAAAAGGAGGCUCCAAAAUCAAAGAAAUCAGGGAGCAGUGUGCUGAUAGCAGUAUUGCAAAUACAUGCCAAGCACAAAUGCCUGGGAAAAGCCUUGCUAUGGCGGAAGCAGCUGUCCAGCACAUCUGUACAUGUGUGUCUUCCUGCAAGCUAAAGACGUCCACAGGAGCCCAAGUGCAAGUGGCAGGCGAUAUGUUGCCAAAUUCGACAGAGCGGGCGGUGACGAUCUCGGGCACUCCUGAUGCCAUCAUCCAGUGUGUGAAGCAAAUCUGCGUGGUCAUGCUUGAGUCCCCACCCAAAGGUGCCACCAUCCCCUACCGUCCCAAACCUGCCUCUGCACCUAUCAUUUUUGCAGGUGGCCAGGUAAGAGCAGACACCAUUUUGGCUUCAGCUGGAAACCACACCGUCUUGGCCCAACCUCAGCCAGCGCCUGCGUUUACGAUUCAGGGCCAGUAUGCCAUCCCGCAUCCAGACGUGAGUCCAGCGCAUUUGACCAAGCUUCACCAGUUGGCUAUGCAGCAUCCCCCCUUUACUCCCCUUGGGCAGACCACCCCUGGUUUCCCUGGACUGGAUGCCACCACUCCAACCAGUUCCCACGAACUUACUAUUCCAAACGAUUUAAUAGGCUGCAUUAUUGGCAGACAAGGCAGUAAGAUAAAUGAAAUCAGGCAGAUGUCAGGAGCGCAGAUCAAGAUUGCUAAUGCCACAGAAGGCUCUGCAGAACGACAAGUUACAAUCACAGGAUCCCCUGCAAAUAUCAGCUUAGCACAGUACCUCAUUAAUGCAAGGAUAUGUUCUUCUCUUGGUGUUCAGGGAUUCCCCACACAUCGAGACGAGAAUAGACCCCUUCACUUUUAGUUGCAUAAACACCAUAUGGCAUGCAUCUGGAUCUCAGAAGAUAACAAUUUAAGAUCUUCAAGACAGCUAAAGCAUGCAAAUAAAAUAAUGCACUUAUAAAUGGAGUUGCAGUGAGCUGCUCACCAGAGACAGAAACUCUAGUGAACAAACCUCUUUGACUCACUUAGAAAAGCCUGUGAACUCUCACAAUUCUGUUUAUUACUGUUUAACAAAUCUUUUGAUGGAAUGGGAUAAAUGAGGUCUUUCUUUUAACAUACUUUUGCAAAGAAGAAAACUUCUCAGCAAUCAUAUGCCGUGGAUACUCUAUCUAUCUAUACCCUGUGAAACCAGAAACAAACUAUUUAUUUUCUUCUUGUUGAAUUUCUAGCUAGAAGUCAUUUGUUACCAUCAUCUACAAUAAACCAUCAUAUAUUAUUAUGUACCAUAUGUUGAAACUGUAUUUAGACAAAGUGACUUCAUUUGUAAAUGAAGACUCUUAAAGCAAUGUAUAAUAAAUUAAGCUCUAAGGUAAUAUAGGAUAUUAAGGUGGCCUUUUCAUUUUUAAAAAGUUACGUUGUUGCAAAAGUUCUCUUUUCCCAAGAGAACUUCUGUCCCAGUAGGUGCCCCCACAGCAGCAGCGCUCGUUUGCAGCGGCACCAGGUGAAGAACCGAGUAACGUUCAUGCGAGAGGUCUGUGAUAGCUGUGGUUCAGGUGCUCAAACAGGGUUUUGAGAGGGAGAGCUGCACUGCCACUACCUGUGUGUGCUGGGACCCAGUUUCAGUGUCUGAACUGGCGCAGGUCCUGCAAUCUCUUUAAUAUGUUGGCAUGAAAUUAACAGUUUCAGGGAAAAGCUGAGUACACCUAGACUUACUAACUUACAUUCUGUAAUGUUAGGGGGAAAAAAAGCCAUAUAAAGACUCAGGGUAGGGUGGACUUUUUCUUUCUCUCGCUCUCCCAUGAGCUCUGUCAUUCUCGUAGAUUCAGUAUCCAGGGCCAGUAUUUCUGCAUGUAUCAGUGUCUCACAGCAGCAUGGGAUUUAAAAGACUACCCACUGUAUUCUUCAAACAAUCUGUGUAUAUCUUCAAACUGUUUUCUAAACAGAGUUGCCAUCUAGAUAAUAAGUUAUCGC